UCAUUGUCAAAUCUAUCAAGUCAAUGCGAUCAACAGCAAUAUUUUUAUCCUCAACGCGAAAGAUAGCUGUUGUUCAUUAAAUCACGUAGCAAAUUUUGGGAAAAACUGCUUGUAAACACGACUCUUACAUAAUUUGAUCACGAAGUUCCAAUGGCAUCAGCCACUCCGCAGGGUGCAAAUUUGCUCUUUGGAUUACGCAAAUCAAAAAAAUUUACGGAAGGUUUAGGAGCUCAACUGCCACUUGCGUACAAAAAAUUUUGGGACGAAUGGAAAAAUCGCCAACCAGCAGCUGUUCAUUAUGUUCCUAAGGAUGGAAUGUUUCAGCGUGAAGAUGCCACCGGACUUGUCACGCCGAUUCAGAACAUACCACUGCCUUUGCUUUACCCAUUGGAAGCCCACAAAGGCAUUUGGGGUGGAGAAGCAAUUGUAAAAGGUUUCCAAAAACGAAACCCUUACAAGCGUCGUGUUCCGCACUUCUGGGUUCCUGUAUUGAAGCGCUCGGUUCUGCAUAGUCAGAUACUAGACGAGUAUAUGGCUGUAACGGUAACAGAUCGAACAUUAGAACAGAUCCACGAUAACCAUGGUUUCGAUCACUAUUUACUGAAAACGCCAGCGUGCGACCUUCGUUCCAUGUUAGCCAUCAAAUUGAAGAAGAAGGUGUUAUUAGAUCUUCAGGCGGGAUGUCCCAAAUAUGCUGACCAACCAGAAAAACAACAGGCAAUCAUUACAGAGUACUCCUGCUAUCUAUCCCAAUACACAGCGGAAGAAAUCGAAUGGUACGGUCUAACGUACGUUGAAGCGAUUAAAAAAAUCCAACUUCAGCUCAACGCACAAGAAGACAAACGACCACACAAAGUGAUUUUUCGGCAGAAGUUAAUCGAGCAACUAAAGGAAGCUGGCAUCAAAGAAGCACAAGCUUCCGAACUAAAAGGAAUUGAAGAUUCCAGCUCAUCAUCCUGGCUUUCCAAGCUGAGCUUCAAGCCUAAAAAUUGGUAGCAGCGAAAUGAGCCGGUAAGUAGCGAGAUACAUUGUUCAAAACAUUAAAUCUUGAUAGUCGUUCUUGUCAAAAACAGAAGAAAAAUAGAGACUUGAUUGUUUAAAACUUGUA